GCACAGCCCAAGGAGGAGCUGCGUCUGGCUCAGGAACCAGAGGCUGUUAGGGGAGCUACGCCCCACUCCAGCAGCUGGCACUCAGUCCAGACCAGGAGCGUCACAACUCUACAGCAACCACAGCACAACAGGAGCAGGACAAACCGACAGUCACAAGGCACUUUGAGAACUUCAGGAUGCAGAGGUCUCCAGCCAUUGUCUGCCUCGCCUUGGGCCUGGCCCUCAUCUUUGGAGAAGGGUCCCCUUCGCCUGAGUCCCAGGUAGCCCAUCUGGCCACAAACUUUGGUGUGAAGGUGUUUCAGCAAGUGGUACAGGCCUCUAAGGACCGCAAUGUGAUUUUCUCACCCUAUGGGGUAUCGUCAGUACUGGCCAUGCUGCAGCUGACAACAGGAGGGAACACCCAGCAACAACUCCACACAGCAAUGCAAUUCAAGAUUGACGAGAAAGGCAUGGCUCCUGCCCUCCGUCAGCUGUACAAGGAGAUCAUGGGGCCAUGGAACAAGGACGAGAUCAGCACAGCUGAUGCCAUCUUUGUCCAGCGGGACCUGAAGCUGGUCCAGGGCUUCAUGCCCCACUUCUUCAGGCUGUUCCGAAGCACAGUCAAGCAGGUGAACUUUACAGAGGUGGAAAAAGCGAGGUUCAUCAUCAAUGACUGGGUGAAGACUCACACAAGAGGCAUGAUCAGCAACUUACUUGGCAAAGGGGCUGUGGACCAGCUGACGCGCCUGGUACUGGUGAAUGCCCUCUACUUUAAUGGCCAGUGGAAGAUGCCCUUCCCAGCCUCAGGUACCCACCACCGCCUCUUCCACAAGUCCGAUGGCAGCACCGUCUCUGUGUCCAUGAUGGCUCAGACCAACAAGUUCAACUACAGUGAGUUUUCCACCCCUGAUGGUCAUGACUACGACGUCCUGGAAUUGCCCUACCAUGGAAACACUAUCAGCAUGUUCAUUGCUGCUCCCUAUGAAAAAGAGGUGCCUCUCUCUGCCCUCACCAACAUCCUGGAUGCCCAGCUUAUCAGCCAGUGGAAAGGAAAUAUGACCAGACUGCUCCGCCUCCUGAUUCUACCCAAAUUCUCCCUGGAGAGUGAAGUGGACCUCAGGAGGCCCUUGGAGAACUUGGGGAUGACCGAUAUCUUCAGGCCAGACCAGGCAGACUUCACAAAUCUUUCAGAUCAAGAGCAUCUCUACGUGUCGCAGGCACUGCAGAAAGUCAAGAUUGAGGUGAAUGAGAGUGGCACGGUGGCAUCCUCAUCCACAGCUGUUGUGGCCUCGGCCCGAAUGGUCCCCGAAGAGAUCAUCAUGGACAGACCCUUCCUCUUUGUGGUUCGGCAUAACCCCACAGGAACAGUCUUAUUCAUGGGUCAAGUGAUGGAACCCUGACGGUGGAAAAAGAAGCCCUCAUCUAGGACACAACUGGAGACAUAUCAGAAAAGAAGAAAAAGGAAAAAAAAAAAAAAAGAAUUUUUGUUCUAAUUACUCUUUCUGGAGAAAGAAAAGACAUUUGCCUUAAAUUUUUUUUUUUUUUUUUUUAUAAAUCUUUCAAAUUUGCCUCCUAGACCUCAGCCUCUCCCAGUAGAGGCUCCUUCCCUAAGGGUGGGAAGAAGAACGUAGGGCAAAACUUCUAGUUGGAGACUCUGGAACUCUGAAGCAUAACUCCUUGGAGUUCUCCCAAACAGGCUCUAACACACAUAGGACCACGUGUGCAACUGCUUCUUUCCAUCUUCCUGCCCACUCAGGUCUUCAGACCUGGUUCACAGC